AAUUUCUGAGAGAGAAAAGAAAAAAUCGAGGCCCAGAGCAUCCGACCUCUGCAGAUUCGCUGUCCACCGUCUUCUCUCAAACAACGACUCUAGAGUCCACCACUCCACCAUCUCCUCUUGAGUUGUUUUCGUUAAUUUGUCUAAAAAUUUUCCGUAUUUAUCUGCUCGGUUCAGGCGGUUGUUUAGCAAUCAAGCUAGCGGUGUUCAGUUCGCCGUUUUUUUGGUCUCAAGUGGGUUUCCAAGGUUGAUUCAUAUCAUCACCAGGUGCUAUUGUCAAUGAUUGAUCUUGAUAAGGAAAUAAAAAACCAUUCUGUCUUGCUCUCAAUGAAAUGUGGUAGCUGGUUAGCUAUCCCACAACUUCUGUGAGCAUAGGGUUCUCUAUCAGUUUCAUUUGAACGUGUGGCUUUUGUUGCUUGUACAUGGUACUGUAAAAAGAAGUGAUUUGAAGGGUUGUGUCUGAUUUGAGGGGGGGAUCAUGGGUGCUAUGUGCUGCUGUUUGCGAGAUGGUUAUGAUGAUCAUGCUAUUCCAAACAGCUCAAUAUACAGGAACUGUAUGUGCAUGCGGUUUCUUCUUCAGCAUUUCUUUUAUGUGUAUACAUCAGUAUUUCAUAGAGAGCAACGGGUCAUUACUUCAUCUACCCAAGUGACAGCGUCUUUGAGUUCUGCUGGGUCACUUGAUAACUCUCUGUCUGACAUGUAUCGCUCUCCACCAAGACCACUGCCUUAUGAUGCUGAUCCUAGAUAUUUCCGUUUACAACGGGAUGGACUAGUUUCUAGAAGGGAAAAAGGGUCAAGCCACUCACACGAGGAGACUGAGCCAUUUCGAAGAAGUGAUAUUGAUGAUGAUGAGGAUGAUGAGGAUUCUAUGAGUGCCGGAAACAAAUGGGAUGCUUCUUGCGAGCAAGGAUUAAAAGAGUUCAACUCUAAAACAACACUUAAGCUCUCGACUGCUAAAACAACUGGAUUUUCCCCUCUUUAUUCUUCUUCUUCUUCUUCCGAGGAAGAUGAAGAUGCAUGCCCUACAUGCCUUGAAGAAUAUACUGAAGAAAACCCCAAAAUAAUAUUGAAGUGCUCUCAUCAUUUCCAUCUUGGUUGCAUAUAUGAAUGGAUGGAGAGAAGUGAUCACUGUCCAGUUUGUGGCAAGGAGAUGGCUUUUGAUGAGACAACUGACCCGGCGUAAUGUACAGAUUUCAGUCAUGGAUGACGGAAACCAACAAGAACAAAGAGAACAAUCUCGAAAAGAUUAUGUAAUUAUGUAAAGUCUUGGUUAAUAGCUAAAUACCACAAACGAAUGUCCUCCUACAGGGGACACAAAUGGUUAUUUGCUCCAUGAAUUGUUUUUUAUUAUUCCCUCUGCUUGUGACUAUAGCGAAGUUUCAGUUAAUCUGUAUAUGCUACUGGGGUAUGGGAUGGUAUUCUGCCCAAUAAUAUGAAAUGGAUUGCACUUUGGGGGAGUUCAAUCAGGGUAAUAUGGAAUUACCUCUUGUUUUCCAUCCAGUAAGAAACUAACUGGACAAGU